AUGGCACAAAACGGAAGAUUAGUGAACAAGGUGUUCAAUCAAGAUUUUGUCAUAGAUAAAAGGUUCAAAAUAACCAAGGAGCUAGGCCACGGAGCAUAUGGCAUUGUCUGCUCAGCCCAAUACGACGACGGGUCCGGUUCUCCUGGCGGCAACAAUGUGGCCAUCAAGAAAAUCACUAACAUCUUCUCCAAGAAGAUUCUUUGCAAAAGGGCUUUGCGGGAAGUCAAGCUUUUACAAUUCUUUCGAGGCCAUAAAAAUAUCACCUGUUUGUACGAUCUAGACAUCGUCAUGGAUCCCGUUACAGGUGUAUUCAACGAUAUAUAUCUUUACGAGGAACUCAUGGAGUGUGACAUGCAUCAGAUCAUUCGCCUGGGACAGCCUCUCACUGACCUGCACUAUCAGCUGUUCAUUUACCAGAUUCUUUGUGGUUUGAAGUACAUACACAGUGCUGAUGUUCUUCACCGGGAUUUGAAACCAGGAAACUUGCUUGUGAAUGUGGAGUGCGAUUUGAAAAUAUGUGAUUUUGGAUUGGCACGUGGCUUCUCGGAAGAUGUUGAGCAGAAUUCGGGAUUCAUGACCGAAUAUGUCGCCACAAGAUGGUACAGGGCCCCGGAAAUCAUGCUCAGCUUCUCCAACUAUACAAAGGCUAUAGACAUAUGGUCUGUGGGCUGUAUAUUGGGAGAGCUUCUUGGUGGUAAACCUCUUUUCCGAGGGAAGGACUAUGUCGAUCAAUUGAAUCAGAUUUUGAUGGUUUUGGGAACUCCAAAAGAGUCAGCAUUGACGAAAAUUGGCUCUCCACGUGCCCAGAACUAUGUCCGGUCGCUACCUAUCAUGAGAAAGAUUCACUAUAGAGAAAUUCUUCCGAACGCUAAUCCGUUGGCUCUCGACUUGUUGGAAAGGAUGCUUGCGUUUGAUCCACACGAGAGAAUCACGGUAGAAGAAGCACUCAAUCAUCCAUAUUUAGCCGUAUGGCACGAUCCUCAAGAUGAGCCCGAGAGCAAGAUAAAGUUUGACUUCAAGACUUUCGAAACGGUUGACGAUAUGGAAUCCAUGAAGCAGUUGAUAAUCGAAGAGGUGAAAAGUUUUCGGGAGUUUGUGAGAAAGCCCAUUCAGGAACAAAAACAAAUACAGCUUCAAAUUCAAGAAAAGCAGCAACAACAGCAACAAAGAGAGGCAGACCAGGAGCAACUUCGAAAGAAUUCCAAAAGCAUUCCCGGGGGCGAAUUUAGUGAUCAGUUCGGUGGAAUCAUGACUUCAAAUGCAUCUGUAUUGAAUAAUACUGGUCUUCUUACAGACCCCUCUCAAUUACGCAACGAAGACAAUUUGCAACAUUAUGAUGCUAUGCCAAAGCCUCAAGAGUUUGAAGAGUUCUCAUUACUAGCGAGAAAUGAAGAUCCUAAUCUUUUACUAGAAGAGGAGCUAGGCUUCGGUAUGGACGGAAGCGCAUUCCAUAAUUAG